UGUUUUUGAGUAGCGCGCUUUGUCUGCGUGCGUGCGUCUCGCACACUAUCUCGGUGUCGGCGUCUGUUCAGGAUUUUGGGGCAAGAGUUCAACAGUUCCCCCGCACAGAGAAACCACUUUGGACUUAUUCUUAGGAGGUUUUGGAGGAUUCCAGGACGUUUGAAGAGAGACGGUUUAGGUGGAAUGUACACACUUCGAACGGAGCUAAGGAUUCACCGCGGAAUGUCUGCCAUAGUUUUUAUUGGGCUACAAAGUUUUUUACGCAUACCCCUAGUGUAAUUCUGUCAAACAGGAGCAGUUUUGUUCGUCUCAUUUGGAACAUGCACUUUGGACGGAAUGACUUAAAGUUCUUCUGCUUGUGACUGGCAGCAAAAUGGGCCUAGUCCUAGUCCUAGUCGUUAGCUGAUAUUACUUAUGCCAUGUGAAAGGAUGGACCAUCCAAGCAGCCCCACCUGUGACAGCAGUGACCCAAAUGGUUUCGUGAACCGUGUGUUCAACGUCUCCCUGGACGUGGAGAAGGAAACAGGGAUCAUGCGGGUUCAGGAGGCCAAGCCUGGGGAGCUCGAGGCAUCCCCCCCUCCGACCCCGGUGAAGGACCAUCCGGAGGCCAUCCGGAGGCCCAGAUCCACCGGCAUCUGGAAGAUUCUUAACCGGCGCAGAACCGCCUCGGACCUGGACCGCCGGCCGCACUCCAUGAUCCUCCCCGGCGAGGCGUCCAUCCCGAAGCUCUCCUUCAUGGACAAGGUGAGGUCCUUCAAGAAGCUGAAGACCCCGACGUCUGUUUUCAGGGGCAAAGCGGGCAAGCUGUCCAGCUCCAAGCUCAACAGCUCGCUCAGGGAUGAGCCCGAGGAUGACAGCAACAUCUGCAGAGACUUUCCCUCGCCGCUGUACGCCCACAGGAACACGCUCAGGAACCGUGGAAAGAGGCACUCCUACGCUGGUCACACCACCGACUUCGACGUCUCCUUCGAGGACAUUGACUUGACCCCCACCCCUGAGAACGAUCAAACACCUGUCAAACACGUGGCCAACAACCACAAUGGAUGCAAGACUUUGGAGAGGGUGACGUACACCAAGAAGGCACAUCCGAACAUUUCAAAUUGUAACAACUCCACACUCACAAUACAUGAGGAAAGGUCUGUGACAGAGAGUCCCAGGGUUACUGUGAGAUCUAGAAAGACAAAAGGUUCCGAAGUGUGGAGCUACUUGAGAAGGAUCUCCUUAAUGGGAAAAGGAGGUUCGGGGUUGUCUGACAAGAGUUUUGAAUCUUUGCACACACUAGACAAGACCAUUGACUCAGACUAUGGCUCAGUCGACUUUGAAUGUAUCAGAGAUUUUCAGCCUGCUCCAAAGCCCACAGGUGCCGAUGGCAAAAGCAGCCAUUUUGGUGGGCUGGUUCGUUUCUUCAACAGCAUGGCACAGACUGCACGUAAAUGGAAGAAUUCUUCGCGGUCAUUCUCACCGCCCGAUGAGGAGCGCUCGCCUGUCGGCUCCCCGCGGUCGCAGAGGCCACGGGACUUUCCCCAUGCCACGUCCAUGACCUUGCGGAGCGAGGACAAGGUGGAGUGCCUCUCAACAGGUUCUCACCUGUCUCCGGAUGGAAACCUGUGCGAGGCCUCACCUGCCAAGGCAGCGCCGGGCAGGUCCCCCCAGGUAAUCCUGAAGUCAUGGAAAGUGUACCCAGACUCACCAGGAGGGAGCAGUCGCCCCUCAAACCCCUCUGAGGGGUCAGGCUCGACUCUGACUCCCCUAAACUCCGCACGCACCUCUCUGGCCACUAUAGAGAACCAACCGAGGGGUGAUGUCACAGAGGGGGGCUCACUCUCUGAGGCAGAGAACCAAUCAGAGUGCAUCUCCCCUGAGGAAGUGGCGGACCUUACAGAAUCUGAGUUGGGUUCUAUGGAUAUACCGGUCUCUAUGGAGAAAAAUGAGUCUGUCAGCAACCAAUCAGCUCCAGAGAAAAAGGACUCAGUUCCUAACAGGGCAGCCGUAGCUGGUGGUUCUGAUGAGGUGUUUAUGCCCCUGGCAGGUGUCGACGGGACAGGCAUCAGGCGCACGCCCGAGGCUCAUCCUGGCGCCCGCGGCCCCGUCCUUGCCGUCUCACUCCCUUCCCCGGUGCGCCGGCGACCGCGGCCGGCCUCCCUGUGCGUGACCGCUCUGAGCGUGCCCCACCCCAUCCUGGAGGAAGGAUACACGGGGCCGCUCGGGCCCGUUGACUCGACCCUGGGCUCCCACUGGCUACGGAGGGAGAGCGGACCGAGCGUGCUCCGAGUGAGGCGUGCCUACCCCCACAAGAGGCCGCGCUCGGUCAUCGAAGGAGGAAACGGCCUUCUCAGCGGGCCGGACGCCGCCAUCGCCGCCGCUGCGCAGCAGCACAGAACUCUGUCCCGCCCCCUGGGAGUGUCUCCUCGCGACCCCCCCUUCAGGGUCAUCCUGCAGAGGUGCCGCUCUCUGCCCCUGCCCCAGUACAACCCGGCUGAGUUGGUGCCGGUGAGACAGGAACACACGCUGCCUCAGACAGGCGAGCCUUUGGAGCAGACGGGUUCGGUCCGACUACGGAAUGGAAAGGCCAGUGGAGGUGGUGGUGGCGGGCUGAGACACAGAAAGGCCCUGAGGCCGGGAUCGGAACCGCUGCAGGUCAACAAUUUGAUCAGCGGAGGUUCAAUCGUCAGCGCAGAGGCAGUAUGGGACCAUGUGACCAUGGCGGACCGGGAGUUGGCUUUUAAGGCGGGGGACGUCAUCAAAGUCCUGGACGCCUCCAACAAGGAUUGGUGGUGGGGCCAGAUCGACGAUGAGGAGGGCUGGUUCCCUGCCAGCUUCGUGAGGGUCGAACCCCACCCUCCUCAGCCCCAAACAAAACAGGUUUUCUAUAUCAACCCUAUAGCAACUCCAAGGUUCCAAAGCACAACAGCAAAGCUCUGGGUCAACCAGGAGGAGACGGGUGCAGAGCCAGUGGAGGGGACCAGUGAGGUCCAGAACGGCCACCUGGACCUGGACUGCCUGACGCUGGGCCAGCCCCUUCAGAACCGGGACCAGAUGAGGGCCAACGUGAUCAACGAGAUCAUGAGCACCGAGCGCCACUACAUCAAGCACCUCAAGGACAUCUGUGAGGGCUACUUACGACAGUGCCGGAAGCGCAUCGACAUGUUCAACGACGACCAGCUGAAAGUCAUCUUUGGCAACAUUGAGGACAUCUACAGAUUCCAGAUGGGCUUCGUGCGGGAUCUGGAGAAGCAAUACAACACAGAGGAGCCCCACCUCAGCGAGAUUGGGCCCUGCUUCCUAGAGCACCAAGACGGCUUCUGGAUCUACUCGGAGUACUGCAACAACCACCUGGACGCAUGCAUGGAGCUUUCCAAGCUGAUGAAAGACGGCCGCUACCAGCACUUCUUCGAGGCCUGUCGGCUCCUUCAGCAGAUGAUCGACAUCGCCAUCGAUGGCUUCCUGCUCACGCCCGUGCAGAAGAUCUGCAAGUACCCUCUGCAGCUGGCUGAGCUGCUCAAGUACACCGCACAGGAGCACAGUGACUACCGUUACGUGGCGGCAGCUCUGGCUGUCAUGCGGAAUGUGACCCAGCAGAUUAACGAGCGCAAGCGGAGGCUGGAGAACAUUGACAAGAUCGCCCAGUGGCAGGCAUCCGUGCUCGACUGGGAGGGCGAUGACAUUCUGGACAGAAGCUCAGAGCUGAUCUACACCGGUGAGAUGUCGUGGAUCUACCAGCCUUAUGGGCGGAGCCAGCAGAGAGUCUUCUUCCUGUUUGAUCACCAGCUGGUCAUGUGUAAAAAGGAUCUGAUACGUCGGGACCUCCUCUACUAUAAGGGCCGCAUCGACAUGGAUCGCUACGACGUCCGGGACGUCGUCGACGGCCGCGACGACGACUUCAACGUGAGCGUCAAGCACGCCUUCAAGCUGCACAGCAAGGACACGGAGGAGAUCUGUGUCUUCAUGGCCAAGAAGCUGGAGGAGAAGAUACGCUGGCUUAGGGCUUUCCACGAGGAGCGCAAGAUGGUGCAAGAGGACGAGAAAAUCGGUUUUGAAAUCUCAGAGUACCAGAAGCGGCAGGCGGCCAUGACUGUGCGAAAAGUGACUAAACAGAAAGCUGUAAGCCAAAACAGGUAUGUGCCCCCCGGUACCCCCUCCCCCCAGGACCCUCUGCCUCAAGGACAGUUCAUGUUCUCAGACAACAUGGCACAAUCAGAGGUGUUUGAGUUCCCGCAGGCCAGAAGGAACCAGACGCCCUUCUGGCAAAAUCUCAGUAGGUUAGCACCCUUCAAAAAAUAGCAAAAAGAGGAAAAAAAAUCCCCAAAGGAACUAUUUUAGAUGGACCACCAUUUUUUUUUUCUUUCCCUGAAUUUCUGAGAAGCACUGUCGUACAUCAGAUGCUAUUUUUGUUGUUUUUCUUUUUGUCAUUUUUCUUCUGUGUGUGACUGAUAAAGAAAAAGAAACUCAAAGUGCGGAUGACGGAUGCGCACUCUGUGUGAAGGACUAUCAGAUACAUCAGCUGACACACAGACGCAUCAGAGAACUACUGUACCACUGUAACUGACAUCAUGGCUGCCACGAUAGCCACAACUCACAUGCUGACUAUCCACUGGAAUCUGUGAGCUUACCCCUUACCCUGCCAUUUUAUGUGAAUGUGUUGUAAUUAUUCUUACUACUGUUAUUAUUAUUAUUAUUAUUGUUAUUAUUAUUUAUCAUGUUUUUUUUUUUUUUUUUGCUUCUUGGCUCUACAGAGGGAAUGUUGACAGUAUGGAAGUAAUGAUCAAUCAUCAUCUCUGACAAAUACGUACACUUAACAGAAUUAACAGAACACACACCCAGACACAUGUGCACACGUAAAAAUACAAUCGCCACACACGCUUGACAGAGGGGCAUUAGCCCCAACCUAAGAACAUUAAUAAAAAAGUGCUAUAUAAUUUCCAAUCUUCCACUAUGGGGGCUCUGGACAGUGGCCCUUAGAAGAAUGAUCCAGAUAGGCAGCAGAAUCCCUUAGUCAUCCUUCCCUGCUUCCUCACAAGUGAUAUGCUCUUUUUGCAAUUUUGUUCAUUUGUCUGUCUGUUUUUUUUUUGUUGGCUUUUCUUUGUGAGACAGCGAUGGGCUAGCUGGUUUAAGUUUUUUGAUGGUUUCCUCUGUUCCAUCUCUGUAAGAUUUCCCAUAUUUUUUGGUGUGAGUUCAUUUCUGCAUGCUGAUGGACCGUCAUUUGAGGAGUAUGGCUCGUGGGUUGUGCUGUGCUGUGCUGUCCAUGGAUCAGGGAACAACUCAAUUGCUUGGGAACACACACACACACGCACACACACACACACACACACACACACACACACACACACACACACACACACACAGACACACUGUUUCAAAUGCUCUUUACAGGGUAUUUUCUUUAAAGCAAGAAAAGAGUGAAUUUUAUAAACUUUCAUGAAGUAUAACCGCCGAAGCCAAAUUUGUUUUUCUGUUGUCCCUGGUUUUGGUACAGUAACAUGUACACAAACAUCCGGCCAUCAAUUUCUAAGGUGAGGUCUGAACUACUGAUCCCAAAAUACAUUUUGCUCAGUCUACAAACUGUUGUAAUAUUCUCUUAAUGGCUCCUGUCAGUAUUGUAUAUGGCUUUGUUUUUGACCGUUCCAUAUGGUUAAACUCUGCGGUAAAGUCCUUGUUGAUUCACAGAAGCUUACGCUAAGAAAAGGAAUUUCCAGAGAGUACUUUAAAAACAACACAAACCAGAAGAUGAAGAAAAAAAACAUUAAAAUAUAUUAAUAUAUAUUUCUAUUAUUGGAUCACUAAAGUUUAAUAAGCACAGCCAGAGACACAAUUUUGAAACUUUGUAUUUAAUUUUUUCGUUUGUUUGUUCAUUUGGAACAUUACGUAGUAUCUGCGCUAGAGUCUAUUUAACAUGAUAAUUUACAGAUAAAUAAAUGAACAGUAUAUACAAACCCACAGGGCAGUGACUGUGUGAUAAUUUACUCCACAGAAACAAAGUGUGUGUGUGGUGUCUGUGGGUGUGUGUGUGUGUGUGUCACAACUGGGUGAGAAACGCAAGCGAUGCCUGUCAAAAUAGCACUAAUGGGUUCAAAGCCCUGAGAAUGGAACAGAAUAUUGUGACUUUGAAGUUUGGUGAAUAGAGAUGCAGUUUGGUGGUUUACUUGCUCGUGCAGUGCACAAUGCACAAAUGCUGAAAGGUUGUAUGCUUGCAUAUGGGGAGCCGGGUCACGGACAUGUCAGAUGGAAAUGAGUGUGAUGACACUUUAUGAUGAGGUUGCCAUUCUCACUCAAUAGUCCUAACUCAAGGUCAGGUUGCAUUCACACACAAUGACUGUCAGGUUUGCUAUGCAUCAGUCAUAUACUAAAAAUGUUCACAAAAGAUCAGUUCAAGAAAAACCUACUCGCUGAAUUAAUUCGAGUCGGUCUAGAUUCAUAUCACUUAAUUAAUAUGUAAUUAAUGUGUAAUUAAUUGACAUGAAUAGUGACAUCUCAUGUCUUGUCUGUGUUAGAUUUUCAACACCAAUGAUCAAUGAUUUUAAUUCUAAUUAAAUUAAAUUGUUUUUUUUUUUAUUUAUGUUUCAUUUAGUUUCCCCUCUGUGUGUUUAUGUUUUAAAUAUGGACAAGUACACACUGACAUCAAACACGCUCUUGACUUAGACAUUAAGUACAUGUAAAUCCACUCUUGUUCUUUGUGGCUCUUAAUGAUCCUAAGUCUCAGACCAUGGGGGAAUUACACAAGGAAUAAUCACUUUAUAAUUAUAUAUGCCCAUAUAGCUGUGGCUAAAAAAAAAAUGACCAAGACACUUGCUUUUGUAAGACGUAGAAUACAGCAUUUUUGCCAAUAUUUGCCCUAUGCAGAGUUACAGACACAUUGCUGUAUGUAACCGUGGUGGGUUUUUAAAAGGGGUCAUACUUGGAUGACUGGUUUUUACUGUGUAUGUGGUCUCUCCCUGUUGCCAGCCUAGCUCCACCAUGCUUCUGUAUGUCAUGAUAAAUAUGAGGCCAACUUAAGCUAUGGAGCAAUUAUCCUGUAUUUUUAGGUCAUAAUUACAAAUCAGCUAGCAUUUCAGUUGUGCCCAUAGUUCAGACCACUAUAUUGUCUAAUUUCAAACGUUAUUUGACCCCUUCAGCGGCUACCCUCAGUAGCCUAUAUAUUCUGUACAUAAAACAGAUCAUAUAUUUAAAUGGUUUAACUAUUAGAAGACUAUUCUUUACAUUUCUUCUAUAUUAUGCUGAAUGCAUGUCAGAGAUACCAGUAGUAUGCACAGCUGUGCAUAAGUAUUAGAAGGCAUUUGAGUAUCCCGUUACCUCCCGACCUGACUUAUAUAUACCCACCCUGUACCCAGCAGCACAAAAAACAUCAGAGAUCCAGAGUGGGUUCUCAUUUAAUAGUCAUAGGAGAAAAAAGAGAGAAACACAUUAAUUUUUAUGUCACAUCAAUUUACAACCCUGUCAGGCACUCAACGUGUGUGUGUGUGUGUGUGUAUGUGUACCUUGCACACCCCAAAAAGUGUGUGUGUGUAUGUGUUUGUGUGCGUGUGUAUAUGUGUUUGUGUACCCUCGACACCCUCCAACUAAAAUGUAUCACAGUUCUUUCCUCUGGGCUGAGUACAGCCCCCCACACUGACUUCAGUAUAAAUGGGAACAGGAUAUUACUGCACAUAAGCUUACCUUUGCAUCGUCUCCGGGCCUAUCAUCACUCAACAGAUCGUCGCUCGGCAACCAUUUCAUAAAGAUGAUAAUGGAAGCUACACUAAAUCCUCAAAAUAAGACGUUAGUAGGCUACUGAACAUCAGUCGGCCAUUUUAUUGUCAUUGUCUUUAUUAUUUAUUGAUGACAAGGGCAACGUUAUGUAAAUGGCCACAGCUUUUCUGUGUAAUUUUAAGAAGAAUAUUAACUUCCCUUGUAGGCUUUGCACAUAAAUUAUGUUACAGGGGACAGUCAGCAGGGGAGAUGAAUUGAUGUCGGAUGUCUGCCCUUGUAGUUAUUUUUCUGUCUUCCCUUACAAAUUAAUCAAAUGUAAUGCAUUGUGUAAAGGCUCCUGGAGUGCUGAAACUCAUCUAAGCUUGUCUUGUCCUAGUUUUGUUUUUGGAAAGCAGGACAAGCAGGUUUUUUUUUUUUUUUUUUUUUUUUUUUUCUGUUGUACUCUGUUGUGACAAAACCUCUGUGAACCUCAUGACUUAAUGUAAUUGUUGCAUUAUUAUAUACACACCCCAGGUCAUAUAAUCACUCAUGUCAUAGAAUAUCUCUUAAGCAAAUACGGUAUGCAGUGUAUAUGUAAUCAAUUUAGGUUUAAUGAGUGUAUGUGUGUGUGUGUGUGUGUGUGUGUGUGUGUGUGUGUGUUCAGGGACAUGGUGUGGGGGUGUUCAGAAUGUGAUUGUUUCAUGCUGAGUUUGACCUGUAUCAAAGACAGUAUGUACCGUUUGACCUGGGUAGUUGUGUUGUAAUGACACAGUACCUGAGAGAUCCCCUGUGCUUAGCGAGUAAGAUCACUAAGACUACUAAGUUCUUAUAGCACUGUAUUUUGUAGGUAGGCAGGUUUUCUGCAUUGAUGCUUCUGGUGUAUAUAACCAGACUUCUUCUUCUUCUAUGUUUUCUUCUUUGCUUCUGGGACACUUCUGUUAUGCUCACACACUGUAUGUGUUGGAUUAUGGGGUUCUACCAUUGCAUCUACCAUGUUAUACUUUGAUGUGACAAAAUCACUCGACAGUCCAUAAAAAGGCAGAAAAUCAGCAAACGAGACGGAGACUCUGAACCUCAACUAAUGGCUGAUGUAAUAAGCUGUAAUUAAAUACUGCUGUAUAAUAUUG